AUGUCACAACCUGAAGUAGUAGAGAAACCAUCUGAAACAGUGGAAGUACAAUCAGAGCAUGUAAGUGAGCCUUCUGGAACCAAUGAAGGUGCUACAUCUGUUAGCGAACAAGCAGACCCAGAGGCAUCAACAAACCAAGAAGUUGCAGAACAACAACAACAACCAGAAACAGAACAAUCACAACCAGAAACAGAACAAUCACAACCAGAAGAACAAACUCAAACAGAAGAAAAAGCAUCACAACAGGACAAAUCCGAAUCCAAUAAUGAACAAGACGAAUCACAAAGUAAUCUUACGUUACCAAUUGCCAGAAUAAAAAGAAUUUUUAAGUUGGACCCAGAUUACGCUGGUGCUUCAGCCAGUGCUGUAUAUACAGCUGGAUUAGCUACAGAAUUAUUUGUACAAUAUUUUGUUGAACAAGCUAGUUUAUUAGCUAAAAUGGAUAAACGUAAGAAAAUUCAAUAUAAAGAUUUUGCUAAUGCAGUUUCAGCUCAUGAUUCAUUAAAUUUCCUAAGUGAUACUGUCCCAAAAACUCACCCAAUUGGUGAAUUGGUUCAACAGAAAAAGGUUCAUGUGAAACAACCAACUUCUAAAGUUUCAGAACCUUCAACUAAUGGUACAUCUGAUGACCCGGUGGCCAGUGCUUCUUCUCCUACUGGUGCUCGUCCUAAGAAUAUCUUACCAAAGGGUCAACAAACGUUGAAUUUCCCAAUUGCUAACUCAAACUCGGUUCAAAAACCAGAAGGAACUCAGAAAAAUUCCAUUCUUGAUUUGGUUACUAGAGAUGAUGAAACCGAUGCUGACAAGGAUGUCAUAAUGAAGGAUUGA